GAGAGGUGCAGAGGAAGAGGAAGUCAAAGUUGUGAUUGCACAGCAUGGGCACAGGAAAGAAAAAGCAGCUGUGGACUCUGUGUUUUUUGGUGCAAUCAUUGGCAGGAAUGGUGAGGAUUUCAAGAACCUGCUGUUUAAAUUCAUCUAUGCCAUGCCCGCAAUCUCCACUGUGAACAACAUUCUCAAGUAUGGGCUGAACAUGUUGAAGCUGAGAUUCCGCAUGCGUUUGUCCAAGCAUCUGUAUGACAGAUACCUCAAGGGUUUCACUUUCUACAAGAUGAGCAACUUGGACAACCGCAUCUCCAACGCUGACCAGCUGCUGACCCAGGACACGGAGAAGUUCUGCGACUCCGUGGCCGAGCUCUACUCUAACCUCAGCAAGCCGAUUCUUGAUGUCAUCCUGUACUCCGUCAAGCUGGCCGGCGCGAUUGGAGUCAUGGGCCCAACCUACAUGCUUUUGUAUCUGGCUGCUUCUGGAUUGUUCCUCACAAGACUGCGUCGUCCCGUGGGUCGUAUGACGGUCUCGGAGCAGAAGCUGGAGGGGGAGUACCGCUACGUCAACUCUCGACUCAUCACCAACAGUGAGGAGAUUGCUUUCUACCAAGGUAACACCAGGGAAAAGUUCAUCAUCACAGGAACCUUUCAAAAACUGGUGGAGCAUCUACGCAACUUCAUCUUCUUCAGGGUCCAGAUGGGUUUCAUCGACAACAUCAUUGCCAAAUACCUGGCCACAGUGGUAGGAUAUCUAGUUGUGAGCAGACCAUUCAUCAACCUGGAUCAUCCCAGGCACAAAAAUUCUACGCACGCUGAGCGCUUUGAGGAUUACUUCAGAAGUGGACGUAUGUUGGUCAAGAUGGCUGAGGCCAUUGGCAGAAUUGUUCUCGCUGGUCGAGAGCUUACAAGACUCGCUGGAUUCACUGCCCGAGUGACAGAACUGAUGAGGGUGCUGAAUGACCUCAAUGGCGGACGCUACGAGCGCACCAUGGUCAACACUGACAAUGGAGGACGUGGUUCCAGCAAUAACCUGAAAGCCAUGACCCUCAAACCUGGCAGUGGGAACAUCAUCAUCAAAGACCGCAUCAUAAAGUACACUCGGGCAAGAACGUCUUGAUUUGUGGGCCCAAUGGCUGUGGGAAGAGUUCCUUGUUCAGAAUUCUGGGAGAGCGGCCGUACAUGGCAGUGGGCACCCUCAGAGACCAGGUGAUCUACCCAGACAACCACACGGAGCAGCUCAAGAAGGGGGUCAAGGAUAAGGAGCUGCAGGAAAUCCUCUCCAAGGUCCAGCUGGGUCACAUCUUAGACCGAGAAGGUGGAUGGGAUUCUGUACAGGAUUGGAUGGAUGUGCUCAGCGGUGGGGAGAAGCAGCGGAUCGCUAUGGCGCGUCUGUUCUACCACAAGCCCCAGUUUGCCAUCCUGGACGAGUGCACGAGCGCGGUCAGCGUGGACGUGGAGGGCUUCAUGUACCAGCACAGUCGGGAGGUGGGCAUCACUCUGUUCACCGUGUCACAUCGCAAGUCGCUGUGGAAACAUCACGAGUACUACCUCAAGAUGGAUGGGCGCGGCUACUACGAGUUCAAGCCGAUCACAGAGGACACGACGGAGUUUGGCUCUUGAUCAACGUGCUUGUGAUAGACGCCUCCAUGCUAUCGUUGUAAUAAUAAGUUUUUCUAUUACUUUUUUUUUUUUUCACAGAAAUGCGUUUGUUUUAUUGUUUUAUACAUUUUUUUCAACCAUGAGCCAUACAAGCCAUAAUGAAUUAUAAUUAUUUUUUUUUAGAUAAUGAGAGCUUUUUUUUUCGAAUGUCCUUUUGGAAUGAGUGUAAAGUGUGGAUGAGUUUGUCCAAAGUGUGGUGCAUGUUUUCACAAAGUGAGCACUACCUGCAUUUGUUUAUUACAGAAUUUGGAAGACUUUUUUCCCCUUUUUUUUUUAUCA